GACCAGGACCCACUGUCCCUCUCCCUAAUAGUGACCGUUUGUAUCCAGGUGGAUGUGAGUGCUGGUUGAGAUGAGGAGUGACAUUUCCAAUGGGGGGAACAGAGCGUCUGUGGCUACUUGCUAGUUUAUGCCAGGUGGUCUUGCUGACCUGUGAACAGCAUUUAAACCCUGUUGAGGUUGAAGUUGUGUUUCAGUCCUUCCCUUUCACUGAAGAUCCAGACACUUACACAGUCACCUGCAUGACUGCAAGGAAACAUCUGGUGUAUGUGGAGCCCAUUCAUCAUUCAGCAUGCUCCCCUGACUGCAAAAUGUCCCUGCAAUUACUUGAGGACCCGAGAGGAUAUAACAUCAAACUGAGUGCUAGCAGAAAUCUUAGUACUCUUCAGGCAAAGACUUUUCACUUCAUUCCAGUCCCCCAGUCUGCCCUUCAUGUAUACACCACGGCUACCACUUCUCUCCUGACGUGGAAACUUCACAGGCACCAAAGCUUAUCCACCUUGAGUCUGUUCAACAGCCACACACAACUUGUCACACACUUCCUCAACAUAAACUCAUCAGACUCUGGUUACAUGGUAAAAGUUCUCGAGCCCGGCACCCGCUUCAAGGCCAAAGUUGUGGUGACCACGUUCCUCAAACACCUUAAUAUGACCAUCAACCAGAUACUCAGCAUUGGCAUGGAAACAGCUCAGUGCCCCUCUGGUUGGUUGGCCAUUGGGAGAAGUUGCUACGCUGUGAAAAGGACCGGUUUGGCCUGGAGCAAUGCACAGCUCAGCUGCAGAAACCUGGCAGCUGUAAGUCACCUGGCUGACAUAAAUACAGAUGAAGAUCUGCUUUUUAUAUCAUCCCAUCUGCUGACCGACAACAACCUGCUGCUGCUAUGGACCGGACUGAAUGACCAGCAGGAGGAGGGCCAUCCUCGCUGGUCUGAUGGUUCAGCCUUUAACUUAACGAACACUAUGAUGUCAUUACUGCCGGCCAAUCGGACGGACUGUUUUGCCCUUCAGAGGAAUGCCACAGGGCCGGGAUACUUUCUCACUCCUUUCUUCUGUAACAUCCCCUUACCCUUCAUCUGCCAUUACAAGAUCCCUCCAGUCCCUGCCUCUUUCUCCUUCGACCUGCUUCAGGUGACAGAACAACAGGUAGAGCUGCGUUGGAGUGACCUCUCACCCUUAAACUCUCUAAAUAUAUCCUCUCUCGAGAUAUUCCUCCAGUACCAAGAAGAGGAAGAUGAGGGGUAA